AGAAGUGGUGUCAGAAUAUAGGGGGUGAACAUUACGGAGACUGGCGUCCUGAUAUUAUCCGAAGGACUGCAUUCGGAAUCGUGUUUCCCGUUAUCACCUGGCCGCUCUGUAAUUUGCCAUGGCCAGUCAGGCCGCCGCGCGUAGUAUCGCGAUUUUGCGAUAGCGUGCUGUAUAAGGAGGCACAAAACACCGCGAAUCAUCGCGGACGCAUCCGUGCCAAUCACCGAAGCACAUGGAUGCGACCAACGGGCAGAAACCCCACGUGGGGCAACCUUCACCCGGAGGAGGAUCUGCCUCCGAUAAGGGCAAGGAAUGGCAAAUGGAAUUUCUGAUGGAAAAAUUGCGUUCCAAGUCUUCCACAUAUAAACCCUUGGUGGAAACUGCUAAAAACAUGCGCAUGGCCAUGCUAGAUAAGCGAUUCGCGAUUGACAGCAUAGAAAAGAAUCAAUUGCAGAAAUGUUUGGACACCCUGCAGCAUUCUAUCAAGGUCACUUCUUUCCAAUCCAUGGUAGAGCGUUUAGAGAGCUUAGCAAGACAGCUGGGAUUAAAGUUCAUGAUGUCUGGUCCUCCAGGCACGGAAAUAUUCAUAUCCUCCGACAUGUUCUUUUUGGAGGUCUUAUUAGAGCCUCCAUCAGGUCUUGUUAGGGACGUUAAAAUCCACCAUGAGGGAAAAAGUGAACAACAGAGUUGCGAAGCACUCGCCUCGGCUUUGUCGCAUGGUGAUUUCGUCGAUUUCACCACGCAACUGGAAGGAUUGGCGUCGAUCUACCAGCUGAAUGCCGAUAAGAAAGUAAAAUGCAAGGCAUUCAGCGCCCUGCAGUCCCUCGAGGCUGAUCUGGGUAUUCUGGCACAGCUGCAGACAUUCAUGAAAGAGCCGUUUAAUCUGGUUCACAAGAGUCCCGUUGGAAUUCUGGAAAGAAGACGAGGCGGUCACCCGAUGAAAUUGACAUAUUUCGUCUCGCCAUACGAUUUAAUCGACGAAGAAAAUCGAACUUAUGACGCUCUGAAUUCUGAUACUAUCAUUAAAAGAAAGAUCGGACACUCCGUGACUGUUUGUAUGGAAGGAUCAACGGGUCACAAGCUGCCUACUUCUAGUAUCAUAACUGUGAAUCGAAGUCCCACGGGCAAGAGCACUCCUUCAUAUGCUCCGCUGACCAGUACAAAUUCCUCCAUGUUGCCAGCUUGCUUUGUGCUGAAACUCGUCAAGAAGAUGCCUAUCUGCAUGGAAUUAGUGAAGAGGAUACAGAAAGUCACGGAGCUCGAGUGCGGCGACAUCUCCGCGCCACAUCCGUUGCUCAGUCUGAUAAUACAGCAUGCAAGCGACGGUCAGCUGGAUUGUCGAAACAACAGAGGCUUAUAUGUGACCUUACCAGAUCAACAACACUGUUACUUCAUGACAGAAAAUAAGAACAUGGAGGGUGUACUGGUAUGUAGUAUCCCAUUCACGCAUCCCGCACAUGUGCCGCAGAUCUUGGUAUACCUGCGGCAGCAGGCGCUGUUUAAUUGUCUAGUCGCGAGCUGCGUGCGGCCCAUGGCACGUCAGGAUCCAGAACAUACUACCAUACUUGAAGUAAGCGCCCUUUCGUGGCAACACAUCAGCGUGAGCGUGGAACAUCCGUACGAAGAGACAAUGGCCACCGCGGAACUGGACUUGACAGACAUAUCGAUGCUUAAGUGCCGGUUGUAUGGCAUGAGUAUGACAACGAACGUUGAACAGACAUCGGAUCUCAGCGGUAGAGUGCUGCAACGUUGCCUCAGCAUCCCGUUGACUAUGCGAAUGCUAUUAAAAAUCUGGGAGGGUCGUUCUUUGCCCGCGGUGAUGAAUAGUUUGACUAGCGGUAGUGGCAGCAGCAAUGGUAGCUACAAUCUCAAUUUAGGAUCCGGUGGUAAGGAUCAGACCGGACAAAACGCAUCCGGUACCGCGUCCGGUAUGCCGGACUUUACGAAUGGCGAGACGAAAAUAAAGCAAGAGCCCGGUUUGAAUAACGGUAACAACGGGUGUAUGGGAGGCAGACAAACGCAGCAACAGCAGUUGUCAGCGAAUCGCAGCGAAUUGCAGCAGCAGCAACAACAGCAGCAGCAGUCUUUUUUAGAUGCCGGAACGGAAAAUAGUAUCGGUUUUCCGUCGUAUUCCGGCCAAUCCGAUACGACGACAAUGACAAUGAGUACCACUGGGACGAACAGCACUUCUACUUCUAUGUUGAACCCGUUACAGCUUGGUGCAUUGCUCGGACAAGCAAAAAACUCCCUAACUAGUAAUUCAAACACGAAUGAGCGUGGCAAGAAGACGCGCAAAAGGAAAACUGGUACGGACGGGCUUUGGCGUAGUCCCAAGCGAAAGAGCGACGGCGGAGAUAAUAACACCGCGACGGAAAUCCUGCUGGAGAGUUCAAGUUCAGAAAACUCCACACCGUUGGGAACGCCCACGAGUCGAGAGAAUCUCGCAGAGACUAGAACAUCUACACCUACCUCAGCUACUAGUUUGACAAGUGGUAUGGAUUUUUCAAAUUUGGAUACUACCGAUAUACUCGAUAAGAGUGCCUCAGAUUACGAUCUCGACAAUUCCGAGAAAGACAGUGAGAUCAUGGAAGUGCAACAUAGUAGCACGGAGCAGCAACAACAGCAACAACCACAACAAGAAGUAGAGGAAUUGAUAAAGAUGCGUGAAUCCUCAUCGACGCGCAAAUCGAAGAAGAAUCGAAGUAGUGGUGGUAGCGAGGAAAAGAAAUCGAGUCCAACGAACAUAUUCGUUGACGAGACAUCGACAACGAGUAAUGGUAACAAAGGUCUGCCGGUACCACCAUCAGUAAGUAUCACUCCAAUUUCGUGCGGUAAUCUGGAUCAAGCGAGCACCACCAACUAUAACUCCGUAUUGACUGGUAUGGGUUUGGAAAGGAGACCUGGCAUCGAGAUCAUACCUAUCGCCUCAUCGCCAUCGCAGACUAAUCUACCGAGCUCAAUCACCAUCACUCCGAUCGCCGGUCCAACACCGUCUCCGAAAACCGGCAGUCUGACAAGCGCAACGGAAGAUCGGCAGCGAAGCGAACGGAAGAGUGGUGGCGGAAAAAGCAGCAGUAGCAGUAGCAAAAGCAGUUCUGAGGAUACUAAGAGUGGUGGAAGCAAACUGGAGAAACGGCGCAAACGUAAACGAGAGGACGGUCCGAUGGGUCCACCGGACAAAGUCCCAUCGGGUGGCAAACAGCAACAAGAUCCACUCUCGAAACCAGUGUCAGUGAGUAUCAAGCCUAGCACCGAGCAAUCACCACCGAGCGGUGGUAGUGCUGGUGUUGGUUUGAGCUGCUCAUCUUCGCGGCCUACUUCGCCCGCAGCUGUAAGGAAAUUCAGUCCUUCACCUACUCACUCAAGUUCGCUCGCCACACUUGUAGGUAAGUCCAGUCCUACCUUGAAGGCCGGUCAAUCGGCAGCAGCAACUUGUGGUAAACCAGUUCAAAGUCCAAAGCACUCGCCUGUCUAUGGCAGCAGUCCGAAGCACAACGCGCCGAACGUUUCAGUGGUUCCUAUGUCGGUCCCGAUGUCGCUAUCGGUGUCUACGGUGCCCAAUACAGUGGGCAACGUGCCGUCCGUAGCGGUAUCCGUUCCGGUCCCUGCUAGUGCGAGCCCGAAACAUGGCAACACUUCGUCUCCAAAACAUGGUAGUUCGGCUGCAAGCAGUGGCAAACCCAGUAUGUCCGCCUUAAAAUCAGCGGCAAACUCGCCAUCUAGUAAGAGCAGCAGCAGUAGCUCUUCUGACUCAGCAACGACCCCAUCCAAAGUCAAGUCUUCUUCUUCGUCCUCCAGUAAAGAUUCCUCCGGUCGUGGAGAUAAAGAUAGACGAACGUCAUCCGUCAGUUCAUCUGGUGGUUCAGGUAGCGGCCAUCAGAGUCCCAAGACCAAAUCCUCCAGCAGUAAAAUGAAGCUAGAGAUGAUUUCCCCCGGCAGCGAAGCCACCCAAGUCUCUUCUCUGCAAGCUUCUGGCGGAAGUACUCCACCAUCUGGUCAGGUCGAUGCAGCAAGCAAAUCUGCGAUUGCAGCCCAGCAGGCACGAAAUCGCAAAAGUUCUCUCAAUGCCGUGAUCGACAAAUUGAAAAAUGCUCAGCAUUGUACCGAAACGGAUGCUUGUGGAAACGGUGGAGGUAACGUGAAAGGCAGUGGAUCCUCCGGUCUUAGCAGUACUGGUGGAAUGAGUAGCGCUGGACAGAAAGAGAAGAAUAUUGGCGGCAGUGGUUCAUCGUCGUCGAGUGGAGGAAAGACUAUUGGAGAAGGAGGAAAAUCUUGUGUCACCAAAAAUGCGUCCAUAGAUACGAAGAAUCCCGGCGAAUACAUGGUGAAGCACAGCUCAGAUGGGAUAAAGAUUACUAUCAACAAAACUCGUACUAAAGAUUCUAAGCAAGCCGCCAACUUGAAGCUGUCGUCAUCGGGAUCAAUGGCGGCAACUUCAUCUUCGAGCUCUUUAUCGUCCGUGGCUUCUUCAUCAUCGUCAUCAUCAUCAUCCAGUAACGUAAUCACUGGCAACAAUGGUUCGCCAAAGACACAUACGGGUCUCAAACCUGGUGUAAAUUCUGGACCGGCAUCAAAGAAGCCACAAACGUUACAGGCUACACAGAAAAUGCUACCCACGAAGAUGAUGUUGGCCGCCGCCGGUAUGAAAUCCGCUAUUUCUUCUUCGGGCGCGACGAAUACUGGCACUGGUGCGGGUAUCACGGCAUCUGCAACAGGAGGCGUUGGAGGAAAUCCCUUAUCAAAGAGUUCAUCCUCCAAAGCUUCUGGUUCACCGAAGACGAGUUCUGGUGUGACUGAUUUGAGCCGUGGUCGAGAUAAACCUAGAAUCUCAAAAUCUGGCGACAAGGGAAUAUUUGCGUCGAAAGGCCUCGGUGAUGCCAGAAAAUCGAGCCCAUCCGCUCUGCGCGAAGAGAGCGAAAGCGAGCGCGCGUUCAAGUUGCUAGCAGCGCACGCGUCUAUCUCUAACCUUCCGCCAAGUUUGCCACCUCAACUAAUGAUGGAAGGUCUAAUGAAGCAACUAGACACUAAGUUUCAGAUACCGAAACUGUCGGCUCGUGCGAAUGUCGCUGAUGCCGAUAAGAACAAAUCAUCGGACAAGUUGUCGAUACUGCCCGAUUCCACUAAACAGACCCUCGAUGGUCUGAAACAAGAACAGAGCAAGAUCGCUGGUCUGUCCAAUAUCACUGUAUCAGUAUCCAAAUCAUCACAGCCAGACGAUCAAUCAAGACGGGACCAUUCGCAAAAUAAACCAGACAAUCUGUCGAUCACAACAUCCGCUGCCAGCGCGAUAUCUUUGAAUCUCGUUGGGGAGAACACCGGUUUGAUGCUGCCUCCACAAUCGACUGCUGAUUCCGAUGUACCUACGAAUCUGUGCAUCCAACCGAUGGUGGAUAAUGAACCAUCCCGCGACUCGUGCAAAGAUUUAGGAAUGAGACAAACAUCCACUGGUCAGCAAUUUCUCGGUAAGAUCGAUGACACAAACGUCGGUGGAAUUCUCUCCAAGAGUAACGUUUCCGAUCAGUUGACGUCAUCAGGCGCCAAGUCCUAUGGAACCAUGACAAGCUCCAACACCUCAACCGCGUCGAGUGGCGCUAUCGUUGCCGAGAGUCUAAAUCUGAGUACCAAACCUGCUGACCAGGCAGUUCUGCAAACUAAAUAUAAUAAGAUCACCGUAGAGGAGAAGAAACAGCAGCAGACAUCAUCCGCAUCGUUAUCAUCAUCUUCCUCAUCAUCAUCAUCAUCUUCAUCAUCGUUGAUUUUUUCGUCGCUAGCCAGCGUCGCGACUUCAUCAGACGGUAAUCCCGUCAUGACGUCCGACAGCGGCGGCGGUGGUGGCAGUAAUGGUAGUGGUGAACAGGAAGUGGCGGCAGCGGCAGCUGCGGCGGAGAUGCUAUUGGACUUCUCCGCGGCGAACAAAGAUUCUAUGACGAAGGGAAGCCAUGGUCUGCCAGUGUCGUUAACGCAGCACCAUUUGACGACGAUUCCGGAGCGGGCGAUGACCCAGGCAGCGCCGACGGUGCGUCGCAAUACACCGCCACCGCCACCGCCUCCGCCGCCACUUCCUGCUCCGUUCCCGCCUGCUGCUAGUCCGUCCGUCAGUGUGCACAUUGUCAAGAGUCCGGCACCGAGUCCCCGAGUGAUCCCACCCUCACCCCAUUCGUCCGCGUCACCUUGCAUCACCGACGACGAACUUAUGGACGAGGCGCUGGUUGGUAUGGGUAAAUGAAGAUUACUAAAAUUGUAAGACAAAGAGAGAAUACUCGUUUCUUUCAUAUUCUUCAACUUUCUAGAACAGAGAAAAGAUCCUACCGGAAACGGGAACACCCGAAUAAAAUUCUGAACUUUUCUCUUAAAAUUGUACAAAUUGUAUCCAACUUCUUCGAAUUUAAAAGUUAUUCGCGUGUUCUCUCUUUCAUUCUCUCUUUCUCUCUACUCU